AUGUCACAAAAAUAUGUACAAACCCUAUGGACUAAUACUCAAAUUCAAUUAUCACGUUUACUUACAUCAGAAAUAUUUGGUCCCAAAGGUUUUGAUAGUAGACAAAAAGCUAAUGAUUAUGUACGUCGAUUGUUUAUUAAAUAUAAUGAUAUUAUGAAAAAACUCGAUGAAAUCUAUCAAACAUUAAUUCAUCCACAAAAACGUUUAAUUAUACGUAUUUUACUUGAUGGUAUUGUUGGACGAUUAAUUGAACUAAAACAAGAAAUGAUCAAAUUCGAUUGUUGUGAAUAUACAUAUUUUGAAGAUUUAGCACUUGAUCAAAAUAAAACAUUAGAUGAUUUAUGUAUUGAAAUUCCUCGUUAUUUUGCUGAAGAUCGUUUUAAAUCAAUAGAACAACGAAAUCAUACUAUAAGGAUGAUUCUUGAUCGUUUAGAACAAUCAAAAAAUGAUCUUUCUAUGAAAUCUUCAUUUGAUUCUUUAUUAACAUUAAAAAUUUAUCAUACUAAUGUAAUUCCAUUAGCUACUGUUCUACAUGUUCUUCAAGCACAUGAACGUGCUCGUCAAGGUCGUGUACAUGCAUAUUUUAUGCGUCAAAUGAAAAAUGAAUUAAAAACUAAAGAAAUGAUGUCAUUUAAUGAUAAUAAUCUUGAAGAUAGUUGUCUUAUCAUUCAAACAGUAUGGAGACAAAAAUAUGCUGAAAAAUUAUUCGAUAGAAAAAAGACUGAAAAUGCAAAAUUGUUAGGCAUGAUCUUACCCCGAAGAAAACUACCGAGUGAGAAUAGUAUCGCUAGUAGAGAUAAGAAGAGACGUGAUUUACAAUUGCAACAUCAUCAAGAAUUCGAUGAAGCAUCGAAUUAUAUCAAACAAAAAAUUCGUCAAUUUGAAGAAACUGAAGUAAAAUCACGCAUUGAACAUGUUCUUAUUCAAUGGUUAUUAGAAUCACGACAACUCUAUGGUCAAUUUCCUAUUUAUCCAUCAGAUGAUCUCAAUGGUUCAGCAACACUUUUCAAAGAAAUGACAAUAGCUGAAGUUCAAGAAUUUGUCAAUAAGAAACCAACUAUGAAUGAAUUAGAAUCAUCAAAAUUCAUUCCUGUUAUCAAUGAUCAAAUGAAUAUCUAUAAAGAAUUAUUCUAUGAACGAGAUGAAUCAUAUAAUAAAGAACAACAUUAUGAUACAUUAUUAGCUAUAGAUAAUUUUCGACCUGAAGUUGAAAAUGAAAUACGAAAUGAUAUUGAUAAUAUUCUUCAUAAUGAAUUAGUCUAUCUGAAAUUAGCGAUUGAUAAUGCUGAAGAUAAACAAACAAAAAAAUCAAAAAAGAAAAAAAAGAGGAAAAACCGAAAUAAAAAAAUAAAAGAUAUUGUUGCUAAUCGAACAAAUGAUUCCAUCUUUGAAGAACUUGUUGAAACAGGUAUUAUUUUACCUACAAAAUCAGUAUAUCAACAAGAUUUUAUUGGUGACUAUCAAUAUUUAACUGAAACAAUGCGUUAUAAUGAAAAAGAACCAAUGCCAUCUUUACUUGAUUGUCAACAACUGACAGGCUCACAAAAUGUUCAUCUCAACAUACCACUACGUAAAGCCGUACUUCUUAGUGGACCACGUGGUAGUGGCAAAGAAUUACUUGUACAUAUUGCAUGUAAUGAACUUGGUGGUCUUUUGUUAGAUCUAUCACCAGCAAAUAUUGCCAAAUCAUUUAAUACCGGUAAAAUAUACUUUUAUAAACAAAUUGCUCAUGAAGCAACGUUUUCAACUGAUUAG